AUGGGGUUUCACCCACAUCUCAGGUUGUCAGACCAGUCGGGUAAGGUUGGGUCACAUUCCUGCAGACAAUACACUCGCACUGAACCCGUCUCCCAGCCUGUAUACAGCAGCGCUGGGCUCCCGGAGGGUCUGGCCAUGGCGUCUCCCGAUCCCAGAGUCGAACUGACUUGCUCAGUCUGUGUGGAGAUAUUUAAAGAUCCGGUGACCCUGCCAUGCGGGCACAGCUUCUGCCAGGGCUGCAUCACACGCACAUGGGACAGCCAGGAGAAGGACGAGUCCGCCUGCCCAGAGUGCCAGCGGAGAUACAGGAAGCGCCCCGAGCUGAGGAGAAGCAUCCGGCUGGCGAACCUGGUGGAGUGUUUCAGCCCUUCAAAGCCGGAGCAGCCGGAGAACGGGAUCUUCUGUGGCCAGUGCAUCCAGAUCCCGGUACCGGCGGUGAAAUCCUGUCUGCACUGUGAAGUGUCUCUGUGCGACAACCAUCUGAGAUUCCACAGGAAGUCACCGGAGCACGUCUUAUGUGACCCUGCCGCUUCUUUGGGGAACAGGAAGUGCUCCGUCCAUAGGAAGAUCCUGGAGUAUUACUGCGCCCAAGACUCCACCUUAAUCUGUGCCUCCUGCAGGCUGGAUGGGGACCACCAAGGGCACCCGGUGAAGGCGCUCCGUGAGGUCUCUGAGAAUAAGAAGGACCAGCUCAGGAAGGAUAUGAAAGACAUGUAUGUGAAGAGAAGGAAGAUGGAGGAAAGGGUCCAGCAAGUGCGGGAACGCAGACAUAGGGCCCAGGAAAGAGUCGACGGUGUAACAGGGGGGGUCAUGGCUCUGUUCAGAGACAUCAGGACACAACUGGAGGACCUGGAGAGGAGAAUCCUGACCGAGAUCUCCCGCCACCAUGAGGUUAUACUCUCAUUCUCCGAUCUGAUCCAGCAGCUGGAACUAAAGAAGGACAAGCUGUCCCGCAGGAUCCAACGUAUGGAGGAGCUUUGUGGGGUCCAUGACCCUCUGACUGUUAUAAUGGGAGAGGAUGUGGACGGAGAGGACUUCUGUGACCCCGAUGAGGGGGACGAGGACCUGUAUUCUGGUGACCUGGAUGAGGGUCUCAUCUCUGAGAUGGUACAUACUGGUUUAUCUGACCUCAUGAGUGGAGUGAUGAGAGGAAUCUAUGUGCAAGGUCCUGCCGAGGUUCUCCUGGAUGUGAGCACGGCCGCCCGCAAUGUGCGGAUAUCACAUGACCUGAAGACCAUUUCCCUUCCAUGUGAGGAGGACCCGGCAGACGGCUCUCAGGACUGUGGUCUGGUGUUCAGCUCCAGGAGCUUUUCCUCCGGACGCCAUUACUGGGAAGUGGAGACCAGUGAACUGGGAGACUGCGAUUUCGGGGUCGCUUACCCCAGUAUGGAGCGGACGUCCAGCUUGGGGAGCGAUGGCAAGUCUUGGUGUAUGUGUAAGUGGAAUGUGAAUACCUCGAAUCGCUACUUAGUGGCACAUGACAACGCUUUCAUAGACAUAGACCAGGGGGUGUCCUGUAACAGGUUCGGGGUGUACCUGGACUGUGAGGCCGGGCGCCUCUCCUUUUAUGAGCUGUCCAUCCCGAUCCGGCACCUCCACACCUUCUCCACCACCUUCACCGUGCCCCUCCAUGCCGGGUUUUCUGUGUCCAAUAAUGGUGACCUGUCCCCCGUAUGGAUAACCAUCAGGAACUAG